GAGCUUCUCUCGUCAGACCCAAAGGAAGGACCUGAAAGAGAUGCUCCCUUGUUGCUGAAACAGGAGCCAGAGUUUACCAGGAAAAAAAUAAUACUUCCAAGCUAGAAAUCGGAUCAGACUGACAAAGAUGCUAACUGAUAGAGCCCGGAAAUCUCUGCUUCCUUUGAAGUUACCAGAAGGAUUUCAGAGCAAAGUGGUUGCACCUCGAAAUGCAAAGUUGGUUACAGAGGAAAAGAAGGAUGCUCCACUGACACCCUCGGCUUUUCUGAAAGAGAUAUCUCUCACAACAGAACAAAGGCUGGCAAGCACCCAUGAAGUACACUUGCCUCACAUAAUUCAGCUUUUGGACAUGAGUGAAACCUCACACCAGAAAUUCUCCUCGGUUGAUCUGGAUCGGACUCUGUUUCAACCAUUCCCAUCAGAAGUGGUUUUUCAAAAUUAUGCCCCUUGUGAGCUCUACGAAGUACCACUGAUCCUGAGGAACAACGACAAGAUCCCACGGCUUGUGAAGAUUGUUUGUGAGAGUUCACCUUACUUCAGAGUCAUCAGCCCCAAUGAUGUGUGCAACAAAGUCGCACCUGGCAUGCCAUCCACAUUCCGCAUUCUCUUCACUCCUGAGGAAAACAAGGAUUAUUUCCAUGAAUUAACUUGCAUUACUGAGAGGGAAAAAUUCAUUGUCCCUAUCCGAGCAAUUGGUGCCAGAGGCAUUUUGGAUUUCCCAGACCAACUGAAUUUCUCCACAUCUCCCGUCAAGUACAAUACACAGAAAACCUUGCUUGUCCGGAACAUUGGCAACCGAGAGGCCUACUACCAGAUUGCCACCCAGAGACCCUUUUCUGUCAAACCCUCCAUUGGGACUCUUGGAGUAAAUGAAACCACACAAUUCACUAUUGACUUUUAUCCAGAAAAAAGUGGCAACCACUGUAAAGACCUUGUUAUACAUUAUGAUACAGGAGAAGACAUUCAUGUCAAUUUAUAUGGAGCUGCUACAGAUGUCAAUGUGAGAUUGGAUAAGAAUUCCUUGACAAUCGAGAAGACUUAUAUCACUUUAGCCAACCAGAGGUCUGUAGUCAUACACAAUUGGAGUGAUAUCAUUGCACAUUUUCAGUGGAAAGCAUUUGCAACACAUGAAAAGGAAGAAGAGAAAAAACAGAUGAUGUGUCAAACCCUGCAGGCUGAACAAAACAGUGUGCUUGAUCAGCUUCUGGUGGAAUGUAACAUGAAUCCAGCACUUCGUGAGCAUCUCUCUAUUGUCACCCGUACCUUUGAGAACCGACGGGCAACUGUCCAUGAAGAUGUAAUGCUCUUCAACAAUAAAGUCUUUUCCAUUGAGCCUCUGGAGGGAGAUGUUUGGCCCAAUUCUACAACUGAAAUCAGUGUGAUGUUCAGGCCACAAGAAGCUGGGAUGUAUCUUCAGACGGUCUACUGUGAUAUUACGGGCCGAGAAACCAGGCUCCCUUUACGUAUCAAGGGGGAGGCAAUAGGCCCCAAGCUACUUUUCAACUUUGAUCAGCUGGACGUUGGGAAAAUUUUUGUGGGAUCAUCUCACAGUUAUGAGGCAAUCUUAUCUAACCAAGGAGCUAUUGAUGCCCUCUUCCACCUGAUGUCGCCCUCCACUGUGCUGGGUGCCUGUUUUGCCUUUCAACCCAGAGAAGGAAUCCUUGAACCGGGUGGCCAUCAGGCCAUUCACAUUUCUUUCAGCUCUACUGUCCUGGGCCCCUUCUCAGAAGAAUUCAGGUUCCAUGUGAAUGGAUCUCCCCAGCCUGUGACCUUAGUGAUUCGGGGCUGCGUCAUCGGACCCACUUUUCAUUUCAGUGUCCCCUCUCUUGAUUUUGGGGAUGUCUCCUUCGGUUUUCCUCAAACCCUGUCCUGCUGCCUCAGCAACACUUCACUGGUGCCCAUGACUUUCAGCCUGCAUGUCCCAGGAGAUGGUAAUGGAGAUCCAAGUAUUAGGAGUCAGGAUCAAGCCUCUGACAUCUCAAGGCCAAUGUGGAGAAAGGCAUGGUUUGCAUCUGCAAAGCCCAAGGAAUUUACCAUCUCUCCUAGCUAUGGUACCAUUCGCCCCCAAGGAUUUCUGGAUAUUGAGGUGACCUUAUGCUCAAACACAGUGAAGACUUAUGAAACUGCCCUGGUAGUGGACAUCAAGGGUAGUGGUGAGGAUGUGCUGGCCCUCCCAAUUUCAGCAAGAUGCCUCACACCUCCACUACAUGUGGCUAGCACCACUGUGAAUUUUGGACGUUGUUUCCUGAAUUUUCAGUAUCAACAAGUGGCAAAACUUGUUAAUGAAGCUGACCUUCCAGGGUGCUAUGGUGUUCUUUCCCAGGAAUAUAAGAACUCUCCCACCAUCUUGUAUUCAAGUCCAGCGCCUUGUGGUAUUAUUCCACCUCAUGCUACAGUUGAAAUCCCAUUAGCUUUGGAAGUCAAGGAAAAAGGCCACCAGGAAACAAUGGCCUACAUAGCUAUCUUUGGGAAUGAAGACUUUCCCCUGAAAAUCCAACUGGUGACUUUUGGAGAAGGUCCUGUUGUUUAUGUGCAUCCAUCUAAGAUAGAUUUUGGCUGCAUCCAGGUUUUAAAGAAUGUUUCCAGGGCACUUUGUCUUUCAAACGAGUCUGUUAUUCCUGCACCAUUUAAGGCACAGAUGGCCCAUACUCCUUCGCAGUGGAGAAUUGACCCCAGUGAAGGGGUGGUUCCUCCAGAGGCAGAAAUAUCACUUACUCUUACUGUUAAUUUGGAUGAUACCGUAUUGUUUCAGGACAAAAUCAGCAUGGCUAUAGAGAAUAGUAAUUCUUAUAUUAUUCCAGUCCAGGCCACUGGCAUUGGAACCACCAUUGUCACAGACAAGCCAUUUGCUCCUGCCAUCAAUCUGGGACCCCAUUUCAGUUUGGAUCCCUGCUGCUAUCGUUUCAAGAUCACCAACUGUGGGCGUCGCACCCAUCAGCUUUAUUGGAUGACUGAAGGUUUUGCCCCAUUUCGCCAGCACAACACAUUCCCUGCCAUCAGCGCCAGCACGAAGAGCCCGACCAUCCCCGCAAAGACAGAAUCUCAAGGUCCUGUGUUCAAGCUUCAGCCACUGAGAAUGGAACUGGCCCCAGGAAAGAGUAUGGACAUGGUCCUGGAAGGAUCUUCUGACAUCCCCAAGCUGGUAAAGGAGAGAUUGCUGUGCCAUGCGAUCAUAGGGAAGCAGUCUGGAAAAGAACGUAUCAUGAAGGUUGAUGUCACUUGUGAAUUCAUCGCACCAGUUCUGCAGAUUUCCUCCAGAGCAGUUACUUUCCGCGUGGAGAAGAACCCCAGUGAUAUUUUGACCGCAGAGUAUAAGCCUCUGUCCUUGAAGAAUGUUUCCUCUUUGCCACUCAGGGUUGUCCUUUCUUUGCAAGAGCCCUUUGCCCUCUGUGAUGCAAAUCACAAAAAGAUUCCAGUUCCUGAACAGCCUUUAAAAAUGGACAUUGGAGAGAUACAUCAUCUUUCAGUCAGGUUUAACCCUGUCUAUAGAGAUGAUCUGUGUAGUCGCGUAUUGGAAGAGGUUCUUGUUUUGCGUUACUUGGAGCAUCCUCACGUGGACUAUGUUGAUCUCCGGGGAGAAGUGCAUUUCCCAAACCUCCACUUCCAAACAAUGGAUCUCGAUUUUGGCUGCAUCUUGAAUGACACAGAAGUUAUCCGUGACAUCAGUAUGAGCAACUGCAGUCCCCUUCUUAUCAGAUAUCGCUGGUCCUUCCUCAUAGAUGAUCGUGAGUCCUUCAUCAGGUUCAGCUCUGAAAACAUUUGGCCUCUUCAUGCCCAGAAAAGGACAGAAGAGCAGGAGAUCCUGAAGCCGCCACAAAGCCCCUCAAGGUGCAAGAUUCACAAGGAUUCCAUCAGGUUUGUAUAUGACAAAUCCACCAAAGGCCAAGAAGGUGGCCUUAAUAAGGAAUACCUUUGUGCCUCUCCAGCAGGCCCUCUGGAGAAAGGGCUGGACAAAGUGGAAAGAAAAACAGCUGUUGAAGAAAAUACCAGCUGUGCAAGUGGAGAAGAGAUUUCUGUUAAAGAAUUGGAUGAUGUACAAAUUAUGCCUGAAAUACAGUUAUUUUUGCAAACUUCUGAAGUAGACCAAGAGGCUCCAGAGAAUAACCAGCCAGGAACCAAAGAUGUCCUGUGGUGUGCAGAGUCAGAGGAGCCACACUUGACAGGCGUGGAAGAAGUUUUUGACAUCUUGCCACUAUAUGGAACAUUGCAGCCAAAUGAGACCCAGCAAAUGUCAUUUACUUUCUACGGCCAUGCCAACAUUGUUGCUUGUGUCAAAGCACUCUGUGAAACAGAGGGAGGCCCCACCUAUGAAAUUCUGCUGCGGGGUGAAGCCUCAUUUGUUCGCUAUGUGUUUGACCAAAAGGAAAUUGAUUAUGGACUGCAGCCCUUGGACCACAUCUGUAUGGCUGAGAUUAUUCUGAGAAACAAAGGAAAAGUUGGAUUUGAAUACUCUGUGCUUGAUGCCAUCCAGGCCUCAGCUGACAACCCUCCCCCCGGUGUGCCAUUGACUCUACCCGCCACUAAUUAUAUUGACUCAGGAAAGGAGCAAAUAUUGAAAGUCUAUUACUUACCAGGAGUUCCAGAAGUCUUUCAGAGAACCUUCCAAAUACAGGUGGCUCACCUGGAACCAGAUAGUAUCACUCUGAAAGGACAGGGAAUUUUCCCUAGAAUUUGCUUGGAUCUGCCCAGGAAUAUUCGCGGAAAUGAACGGCACAGCAUCAUCUUCAAAGAAGUGAAGCAGCGACUAGAACAGGAAACACAGAAAGAAUUCACUAGUAAUUCUGAAGCAUUGACGACUGAACCACCCAUGGAAGAAUCCUUCACCACGCUUGACACACAACUGCAGAUGGAGUUGGAAAGGCUGCUUGUUCAAGAGCACGCUCUGGAGCAACAGAAGCUGCUGGCCUCUGUUUCAGUGGAUGACCCUGCUGGCUGUCAGCGAGCUCGCCGGAAACUGGUCAAAGCCCAGCUACCUGAGUAUAUCUUAGAUUUUGGCUAUAUAAUCAUGGGCACCAUCAGAACUCACAUCAUCAAGAUCACAAACACUGGCCACUUCCCUGUCUCCUUCCAUGCAGAUCGACGGGACCUACGGGAUACAGGUUUCAACACUGAACUGGAUCGGGUGAAGAAUCUGCCUUUCUGCGAAACAGAGACGUUUGAAAUAUGGUUUGACCCCCAGAGUGCUGGCUGUGCCCUUGGAGAGAUAGAAGUGCUGCUGCCAAUCAAGGUUAUGGCUGGUCCCACGUUCCACAUCUCUCUUCGGGCCACCGUGAUCAUGCCAUCUCUCUGCAUGUCCAAUGACAAUCUGGAAUUCUCUGCUGUCCAGUGUGGACAGUGCCAGGUGGAGACCAUCCAGCUUCACAAUCAGCUGCAGGUCGUAUGCGAGUGGUUUGCCACAAGCAAUGAACAAAUGAAAAAGGUGGAUAAGCACAUGCCGAUAACCUUGCGCCGGAAAAUGCGUGAACCCAAGGUGAAGCCCCAUGUCUUUGAGAUGAUUCCCCCGUAUGGGAUCCUGGCUCCCGGAGAGCGGCUCAAUGUGCAGGUCAAGUUUGCCCCAAGAGAAGAGAAAUUGUACCACAAUGUCCUGAUCUUGAGCAUUUCGCAAAGCACUCAGCAACUACUGCUGAAUGUCUCUGGGCAAGGUCUGGAGCCACGUCUUGAAUUCAGCCCCUCCCUCCUGGAACUGGGGCCUCUCCUUCCCUAUGGCAUUGGGGAUGAAGCUGAAGUGGUAGUGAAGAACCCCUGCAGCUUCCCUAUUGAGUUCUACUCCUUAGAAUUUGACCAGCAAUAUCUUCUAGAAGAGCGGAUUUUGCGGAUGCUGAAGGGCUACGAUAACCACCGUAUCCUUCUGCUGCCUCCUCGCAUGCCAGGAGAGAAGCUGCCUAUUGAAGUGCUGGAAUAUUUUGAGGAACAAAAGAAGAUUCAAGGCGACCAGGAAGGAUUGAAUCUGGAUAAUGAGGAAGAAGAAAGCACUCAUUUUUCUGAACAUGGAAUGAAGCCUCACCCUUCAGUUAUGCAAGCAGCAGUCACAGGGGGCUCUGCUCUUCCUUCUCUGUCACUUAUGGACAAUAACCGGACACUCCAGGCAGAAUCCAAAAUUGAUCAGGAGGAAGAAGAGGAAGAAGAGGGAACGGAAAAAGGUCAAAUGCAAGGGAGUCAACAAAGCCUCAACAAGCAUAAGGAAGCAGUUGGAGAGCUAGACAACAAUCCUGUUUCUAAAGCCAUUGCUCGCCAUCUUGGCAUUGAUAUCACUCCAGAAGGACGCGCUGCCAGAAACCGUAGGGGUAUUGCUAUUAUAAUUCAUGGAGCUCCCUUUACAGGGAAGACUAGUGCUGCUGUAGUCCUGGCGAAACACUACAGUGCAGCUUGCUUGUCCAUUGACUCGGUGGUCCUGGAAGCCAUCUCAGAUGGCAGUAGUUCAGCAGGGCUUCGUGCACGGGAACUCUGCAUCCGAGCUGCUAUUGAGCAGGCCCAGCGAGAAAACGACGAUGGUGGCACAGAGGGGCAGCCAGCCCUUGCUCUUGGCACCCGGCUGAGCACUGAGGCUUUGGCCAAGCACACCUCGAAUGGCAGCCAGCAGAGCUCCGAGUCCAAGACAGGGCCCCUCUCUAUUGUCUCCCGGGGCUACCGAGGAAGCACCGCCACGGCCAAAGGCAAGCUGGAAAGCCACCUGUCUCUGAAACAGCAGCAGCAGCAGCAGCAGCAGCAGCAGCAGCAGCAGCAGCAGCAGCAGCAGCCAGAUCAGCCUGGAUCCCAGGUACCCUCCAGCCCGAUCACCAGCGCCCCCCUCCAGCGACGCCUGAGUGUCAGUGCCAGUGGAGUUGGUGAUUAUGGUCUGAUGAGUUGCGUACUUCCAGAUGAGCUUUUGGUGGAGAUACUUUCAGAGAGGAUGCAGCUGAGUGAUUGCUAUCGUGGCAUGGUGUUCGAUGGGUUAGAAACUAUGUUUGCCCGCAGCAUGGUAUCAGCACUCCUCUGCCUACUCAAAGCAAUCAACAACCGGCGGUAUAUCUAUUUCGUGAAUCUCUUCCAGGAUUUUGCGGCUAUGAAAGCUAGAGAGAUAAGCAAACAAGAGCAGGAAGAGCGGGCACAGCAGGAAGCUGUUGCAAGAGAGAAAGCUCGUCUUCAGGAAAUGGAUGAAGAGGAGUAUGAUGCCCUUACUGAAGAACAAAAGAUCCAAUUUGACAAUGAGCUGCUGCAGGCCUUACGAGAGAGAAAAAGAAGGGAGCUGGAGAAGCUAGCUCGAGAGCUGGAGGAAAAGAAGCAUCAACAAGAACUGGAGCGCCAGCGGGAGGAAGAGGAGGUGAAGAAGAAGUCCAAGCGAUAUAAGAGGGAUGGGGGGAAAGAGAAAGAAGAGGCAGCAGGGAAAAAAGGCCAGCAAGGAAGCAAGCAGAACCCCACCAUAUCAGCUUACAAAUCAGAAGGGAAGCUGAAUGAAGGGCUAGAGAGAAAAGGUUCUGCAAAGGAGCGUCCAGAUGUGAGUGUCAAUGACAAAGAUGAGAAGAAAAAGAAGAGCAGAAUGGCGCUGCAGAAUGAGCAGCCAGGCACAGCGCCUCCUGCAGCCCAGGAAGAGGAGGAAGCAGAAAAGGAUAUAAGCGAGAAUGAGAAGAGCUUGGCACAGCGGUUCAAGCUGUACGAGGCCAGCCAGAAGGAGAUCGCUCAGAUCCUGAUGUUCUGGGACAGGGUCCAGCUGGUGCAGCUGCAGCCACCAGGCUCAGAGGAUAAGCAGGAGGAAGCUGAGGAUCAGCGCCAGGCUCCAUCCGGUCGCAAAGGCAGGAAGGACCGGGAAAGAGAGCGCCAGGAGAGGCUGGAGAAGGAGCGGGCAGAGAAGGAGCGCUUGGAGAAGGAGAAAGCAGAGCGGGAACGCCUGGAAAAGCUGAAGGCCAUGGAGGAUAGCAGAGCCGCUGGGUUGGAGGGAGAAGGAGGAGGAGAAGGCAUGGAGAGGGACCUUGGCAUCCCCUCUCUGGAAAUCCACGUGCUCAGUUCCGAGGAGUCCAGUGGCAAGCGGAUCCUGGAAAGUGGCAAACUGCCCAGGGUAAUCCAGAUCUUGAAUGGUUUGGGGCUGGGUCCCUCAGGGCCGCCCAUUCCUCCCACCGCCUUUUUCUCAGUGAUCCCAUACCCCGAGAAGCGACCAGCACAAGUUGCCUCAGAAGCUCUCAAGCACUUCACCUUCAUUAUUCCUGAAGAACUGAAUCAAGAGGAGGACAAAAAGGAGGGUGAGAGUGGUGUGGAGACUCCAGCAAGUCUCCCUGUGGCAAAGGAGGAUCUGGCCACCCCUACUCGAGGCAAGUCCAGGAAGGAGAAACCUGAGGUCUCCCGUGAAGCCCCGAAGGAAAAGAAAGGUGCCUCUCGCAGCAGAAAAGGCAUCCAUCCCAGCCCCGGCACCAUGACCACGCUGUCUGAGCUUGAUCAGGGCAGUCCCACCACAGAGGCUUCCAGUGAGAAGCUGCUCAGGUUGAACUGCUUUCGCUGGAUUGUACCUGCUAAUGGGGAAGUUUCGAUGCGCAUCCAUUUCUCUUCCACCAAAACAGCACUCUUUGAUCAGGUUCUAAAUUUUGAAAUCCUUGGAACUCGGAGACAGUAUCAGGUGUGCUGCAGGGGCACCUGCACGUACCCUACCAUCUGCCAGGAUCCCACGAUAGUGUUUCCCCAUCGUAAGAAGACUAUCAAGCCUGAUGAAAUUGUCUACAAGAAAUACAUCCUGAGCUUGGGUGUAUUCCACUUUGGUCCCUUGCUUUGUGGCAAGUCAAGAGAAAAGUACAAGGCUGCACGAUAUCCCAACCACUUUGAAAAACUCACCAUUCUCAACAUCUCCCCUUUGGAGGUCGAAGUGCACUUCUUCUUCCAGCAGGACUCCAGGGCAGUCACGUACCUCUUGGACCCACCCAUGCUGAUGCUGAAGCCGAACCAGAAGCAAGUGUUGACCGUCUGGGCUUACCCAACAGCAGCUGGUGUGUUUGAAGAUAGCAUCAUCUGUUGUGUGAAGGAGAAUCCGGAGCCAGUCACCUUCCGGAUCUGCUGCCAGGGGGUUCGCCCAGAAGUGGAGCUGGACCGCCGACAGCUGCAUUUUGAAAAGUUGUUGCUGCACAGAAAGGAAACAAAAUCACUUUACCUAAAGAACGUGACUCCCCUGCCAGUCGCCUGGCGGAUCAGUGGCCUGGAGAACAUUGGCGACGACUUCUGCUUGUCUGAGGACAUUGGCAUCAUUGAGCCCUUCACUGAGCACUGCCUGCUGGUCAACUUCAAGGCCACUAAAGCCCUCAACCUCAAGAAGGCUAUCCGGCUGGAGGUUUCUGAUGCAGAAAAUAUUCUGGGAAUUGUUCAGAUUGAAAAUAUACAGAUUGUUGCUGAGGCCUAUGAUGUCGCCCUGGAUAUCAGUUUCCCCAAAGGAACAAAUGGUGGUUUGGAAUUUGGGGUUGUCAGAGUUAUGGACGAAGCUAAGCAAAUGUUAUCAAUGAAGAACAAAGGCAAAUACGAGAUUGCUUUCAGCUUGGUUAUUGAAUCCACAGAAUAUGGGAUGUCUAACCUGGGUCAGCUGUUCACCAUCCAGCCCCAGAAGGGGAAUCUGAGCCCCAAUGACCGCCCUACACAGGUCCAGAUUGUCUUCCAUUCGAAGGAGGAAGUGAAAAUUGAGGACAAGCCUGUUCUGCAGUGCCACGUGAUUGAGCCUUCCCUCUGUGAGGGGGGGGAGACCAUUGCCACCAUCCCCAUCCGAUUGUCAGUGCUGUCCUUAUUCAGCAAGUACAAUAUUGUCCCUCCAUCCGUCAUUAACUUUGGGCCGCUCAUGAACGGCACCCGGAAGACCAGCAGCUUCACCAUCGAGAACAAGGGGGUCCUGGACUUUAAGUUCACCACCUGCAAGCAAGUCCGUGACGUUGUGAUUACAGCAAGGAAAGGAAACUCUAACAUCAAAAGUUCCCGUUCCCGUGACACAGACCUCAGCCGGCAGAAUGCUUUUAUGAGCACGGGCAGGCAAAGCAAACAUGCGGACUCUUUGCAGAAAGACAUGAACCUGAUAGGGCAGGCUCGCUUCUCUCUCGGUAUGUUCACUGUAUCUCCGGGGUAUGGAAACAUUGCCGCAGGAGGCCAUCAGGUCAUCACGGUGGAUUGCUUUGCUGAGCCUGCUGGGAAGUGUGAAGAAUACCUGAUCAUUGAGAUCACAGACCGAGACCCCGAAGACAGUCCAGGAGGCAUCCUCUACACUCUUGUUGCAGAGUCCUGCAUCCCAGGAUUUUUGACUGACAAUCCAGGGAUCAUUUACGAGGAGCAUCGGAUCUGUAACAGUGGCAACCUCAGCCAGGUGCUGAAGUCCGUCGGCUGCGAAGGUGUGUUUGUGACAGAUGAGAACAAGUUUCUUUUUAACAAUGUCCUGGUUGGGCACCAGGCAACAGCCCGCUUCAAGAUCUGCAACCCUGGCCGAAUCCCCUGCGAUGUUGUCAUGACCACAAAACCCAUUUCUGCCAAGUCCACUGCCCGAAUCAGCGACACCUUUGAGCUCCAUUCUGUGCGCAUGUCCAUCGCCAGUCAUUCGCAUGCCUUUGCUACCCUGACCUUCUCACCACAGGCCAUGCAAAACUACCAGUGCAUUUUUGAGGCUUCAGUAGAUGCAAUGCCCAGUGUGGUUGCCAGAUCAAGAGCUCUGUCCUUUGAAGUCAGUGGAGAUGGCAGCCUUCCUCAGAUCACCAUUGUGCGCCCUGUUCUUCACAAUAAAAAGGGAAACCCGCUCCUCCUCUUCCGAAAGCUCCUCUUAGGUCACACGGAGGCACUCCCCCUUGUCCUUAAGAACAGCGGAAGCCUUUUAGUCCAGUUGUACCUGGAUGUGUCCGAUGAGAGUGGGGCCUUCACCCUGAGGCCCAGGCCCACCACCCAGUGCAUUUACCUCUCUUCUCAGAACGAGGAGAGUGAGUCCAGCGAUGGAGUCCGAAAACCACACACGGCCUCCUUGGUGCUGCACAACGGGGAGGCAGCUGAGUUGGAUGUGAUUUUCCAGCCCAGCUUGGUCCAGCGGGUGGAAGGGCUGAUCCACCUCUCUAUUGUGGACAACCCGUAUGAGGAAACCAGCAUCCAGAUGGUUGGCGAAGGCUACCAGGAUAACGUCACGCUAGACAAUGUUCAUAGCCCAGUGGUCGAUGCAGAGCACAUUGAGGGGCAGCUGGAGGAGAACACAGGAGAGGCAGUGAGAAUGGACCACAUCCAGUUUGGAGAUUGCCACAUUGGGAAGCUGUAUCAGGCUGCAUUCUCAAUCACAAAUCACAGCAAGUUGGACGUGAUGAGAUUUGAAUGGCCUGCUGUGGGCCCCUGCCAGUUCUCCCCGCAGGUUGGCCAUCUCCAUGCAAAGUGCACUAAAAACAUCACUUUGGCUUUGAAGUCCAGCCUGCCCAUCACCCUCCGGGAGCAGCUCCUCAGGUGCAAGGUGUCCAGAAUUGCCUUCCAGUGCCCUGCUGACCAGGUCCCGGACUGGGAUGAUCGCUUGCAUACGGUCAAAUGGGUGGAUGUGUCAAAAGGUGUCCCAAGUAUACGUCCAGCAAAAAAGAAGGUGAUAGAGACUGAUCCAGAACCUGCUCAUAUGACUGUGGAGGAGAGUAGCCAGGACCUGGUGCUUCGAGUGAGUGCCAACGUUGACUUUGCCCAGUAUAAAAUGGAUGAGGAUGCCGUCCACUUCAGAGACACGUUACUCUUCCAAACAAGGGUAUUCACGAUGGAGCUGUCCAACACGGGGAAUGUGCAACUGGAGUAUUCCUGGAAAGUGGUCAUGGAAGAAGGUGGGAAGGCUGUCAACUUUGCUACUGAACCUUUGUCAGCAAGCCCAGAAGGGAACCCAUCUAGAGCAUCAACUGUUUCCAUCAAGGUCCAGCCUAGCCGGCCCUUCAGCCAGCUGGGAAGCCUCCUGGAGAGUUUCUCUUCCUACGUCUUUCCAGUAGUCACCCGCCCUCCAUUCUUCAUGGAGCCCAGCAGCGGGAAGAUCCCUCCAGGGAAAUCUCAGUCCCUCCAAGUUAAAUUCUCUCCCCAGGAAGUAGGAGAGUUUGAGGGUCGGCUACUCUGCAGGAGCUUUGCCAUCCUGAACCCCACCAACGCCACCUACUCUUUCCAGUGGAGGUGUGAGCAGCAGGAGGAGAGGAAGACUCCCCCAGCCUUCAUCUGUUUCACUGAGCGGGGGCUCCUUCGGCCAGAGAAGAAGAUAGAGAUCAUAUUCGAAUUCAUUCCCAAACAUCUGGAUAUUACUGAAUCCUUCUGGACCUUCACCAUUUUCGAACACAACAUCACGGUCCCUUUCCUCCUGGUGGGCCACACAACUGACCCGGCUGUCUCUUUCGAGAAAGUCCACCUGAAUCUCCACUCGCUUCUGAUUGGACAUGAAGCUCGUGAGUGCAUCCAUAUUCACAAUGAUGAGAACAAAGCCUAUACUUUUGCUUUCCGAGACGCUUCCCGUUUUUCAGAGGGGCGAAUCAACUGCUUGAGCGUACAGCCCAUGGAAGGGCUGGUCCUGCCUCGUUCCAGAUUCCCCAUUCACGUCCACUUCACACCAACCCAGGAAGGAGAAGUGAAUUUCAACCUUCUCUGUGACGUCAAGAAGAAAAGCCAGCCGCUCUGUCUGAAUGUCAAAGCCACUGGCCACACCAUGAAUGUCUCCGUGAAAUGUGAAGAAAACCACGGGGUGGUGACAGAGCUGAACCCUGAGCAUCCGAAGCAGAUCCACUUCCGUGAGAUGCAAGUCAAUGAUUACGCAAAGUGCAACUUCUCCAUCCUCAACACCGGCAAAUUUAACUUCACCUUUUCCUGGGAAUUCUGCAAUGGCAAGAAGUUCCGGCAGUAUUUUGCCCUCUCCCCAGAGAGUGGCUCUGUGGAAGCCGGAGAGCGGGUGGAGGCCAGGCUCUCCUUCCACCCGCUGAAGGCCUUCACCUUAAAGGACAUGGAACUCAAGCUGCAGAUAAGCCACGGCCCUACAUUUACAUGUGUGUUGCAAGGCUCAGUGUUGGCUCCCAGUAUCCAUUUCUCGGUCCUCAGAGUGGACUUUGGCAACAGUUUCAUCUACCAAGCUGGGAUGCCCAUUUCCAAGAGAACCUUGGUGAUCACUAAUAAAGACAGCAGGAAAGCCAGUGUGGAGUGCUUGUUCAUCAACACAGCCUACCUUGAGAUCGGUUUCCGUCCUGCAGCUCUAAGUCCUGGAGAAAAAGUGGAGAUUUCCAUCAGCUUCUAUCCUCGAGAAGCCAUUUCCUACCAUGAAAUGGUCACCUUUGAAAUAAAUGGGAUCUUACAGCAGACUGUAGAGAUCUUUGGGAAAGGCAUUGAGAUGAAGAUAGAUGUUGUGGAGCCUCCCCAGAAAGUACUGAAAUUCGGAGCUAUCCCUCCAGGGCACAUUGUGAAGAAGGGAGUCACACUAGUGAACAACAGUGUCACAUUUGUCGUAUUCAGCCUAAGUUUUGUGGCUUCCAUCCCGGAAUUGCAGGAAGCAAAGGUGCUCACUAUGUCUCCUAGUGGUGAAAUCACUUUGAAGCCCCAGGGGGGCACCUGUCACGUGGAAGUGACAUUCAGUCCGAAGAGCCGCAUCCUGCCCUUCUCUGAGGAGGUUCUGCUCGAGUGCCAGGGGGUCCUGAACUCCCUCUUCAUUGUGCAAGGCUGCUGCCAGGGCGUUGAAGUCCACCUGGACCAGGAUCACAUCCCUUUUGGAGCUGUGGUGCUGCGGAGCCAAGCUUCUCGGCGCAUCAUGAUGCAGAACUCUGGAGACCUCGGAGUGGGCUUCCGAUGGGAUGCCAAACGCUUCAGACCAGACUUCUCCAUCAAACCGAUAGAAGGUUACAUUUCUCCAGGAACAAGUGUCCCCUUUGAAGUGACCUUCCACCCUUGUGAGCAGAGUCAGGACAUCUGCUAUGAAAACCUCCCGUGUCACAUCCAAGGAGGGGAACCCGUGAGACUCACACUGAGUGGAUUGUGUGUGAGCGUCCCGCCUGUCAAAGAGGUGGUGAAUUUCAUAUGCCAGGUGCGUGGAAAGCAGACACAGACCAUCAUGCUAUCCAACAAAACUAACCAACCGUGGAUGUUGCGGCCCAUUAUUGAGGGAGAACAGUGGAAAGGGCCAGAGUACGUCAGAGUGGAAGCCCACCAGCAGAACAAGCCCUAUGAAAUCACAUACAGGCCUCUGGCUAUGAACGUAGAAAACAAGAAGGACCAGGGCUCCGUCUUCUUCCCCCUCCCAGAUGGAACAGGGCUGCUUUACCUCCUGCAAGGCACUGCUGAGCCUCCCAAGUCAGCUGGGAACAUCAUGAGGGAAAUUCCGUGCAAAACAUCCUACACGGAACUGCUUCCCAUCACCAACUGGUUGAACAAGCUGCAAAGGUUCCGGGUGAUACUUGACAUGAUAAAGCCAGAAAAACUGGAAGUCACAACCACCCUGAAAACUCUGGACUAUAUUGAAGUACCAGCUUCCACCAAGAAGGACCACAAGCUCACCUUCUUCUCUUACAAAGAGGGCAUGUACACCGCCAAGGUCACCUUCCGCAAUGAGGCCACUCAGGAAUUCUUAUUCUAUCUGAUCACAUUUAAAGCCACCCCGUGUGGCCCACUAGGCACCCUCGAGUUGACCACAGCUGUCCGGCAAAGCACCGCCUCCUCAGUCAAGGUGGAGAACCCGCUGCACUACCAGGUGUCCUUCAAUACGGACUGCAAGGUGCCAGACAUCAACCUGCCUCCUCAGUUCAUGGUCCCUGCUCAGUCUGAGGGGACGCUGGUCUUCGAGUUCCUGCCAAUGAGGCCCGGGGAGACCAGCGGGCGGCUGGCCCUCAACAGCAGCGACCUGGGCUCUUUCCAGUACGACCUGAUCCUGAAGGCCACACCGGCCCGCCUAGAGAAGCCCCUCUGCUUCUCCACCAUGCUGGGCAGCAGCCAGAGCUUGGUGGCCAAGAUCGUCAACUACACCCGCCAGAAGACAGAGUAUUCCACCAAGAUCGACAGCCCGGACUUCCAGGCCGAGAAGGUCAUCAGCGCGCCCGCGGGCGCCCAGACGGGCACGGAGGUGGGCGUGGAAGUGACCUUCGAGCCCUGCCAGCUGGGCGAGGCCCGCGGGACCCUCCUGCUCUCCUCGGCGGCGGGCGGCGACUACCUGAUCCCGCUGCGGGGAACGGCGCUGCCCCCCCGGCCGCAGGGCCCGGUGCAUAUCCGGCUGGGCGCCAGCGCGGUGCUGCCCUUCAAGAACGUCUUCCUGCAGCCCACGGCCUUCAGCUACGCCGUGGACAGCGCCGCCUUCUCGGUGCGCGCCGCCGAGACCAUCCGCCCCAAGAAGACGACCACCAUCUCCGUGGCCUUCGAGGGCGCCGGCGGCGGGAACAAGGCGCCGGUCACCGGCAAGCUGGUGGUCUCGUGCCCGCGUGCCGCCGGGCUGGGCUCGCCCGUCAGCUGGGUCUACUACCUGAGAGGGGUCCCGCCGGAGAAAUAGCGCGCGAAAUAAAGUUGUUCUCAGAAAGGA